AUGGGCCCAGCUUUAGCUGGAUAAUAAAGACAAACAUUGUCUCACUUUUUCUUCUUUCUUCACUUGUUGUAUGAACAAUUCCUCCACCACACCGAACUUCUUUUCUACACUUAAUUUAUAUUCCAAGUUUUCAACUUCAUUAUUAAAUCAUCAUUCUUUUAAAGGGUCAAAAGCAUUAGGAGGAAUAUACUCCUAAUGUCUUCUUCUGUUCCUUCGCUGCAAAUAAGAUCCUACAGACACAACCCAUUUUACGCAAUCCUCCAAAAACCAAAAUUGUGCAGAAAUAUUAACCAGAAAUUACCGUGCAUUUAGUAGUUGUUUGGCGGAGUGUCAAGGGCAUGAAAGGCAAUGUCUAUAUAUGCUAAAGACACAGAUCCAGCAUUCCAGGCUGCAGGAGCAAAGCUUGGUUUGGAAAUUUGGUGUGUCGAGAAUCUAAAAUUGGUUUCUGUUCCAAAAUCUUCACAUGGGAGGUUCUAUUCUGGAAGUGCGUAUGUAAUUUUAAAUACAGUUCUACCAAAAAGUGGCCUUCCUCAGCAUGACAUACACUAUUGGCUCGGACAUGAUACAAACAAGGUGGACUCAGCAUUGGCAUCAGAUAAAGCACUAGAACUAGAUGCAGCCCUAGGGUCCUGCACUGUGCAAUAUAGGGAACUUCAAGGCCAAGAAACGGGGAAGUUCUUAUCAUACUUCAAACCCUGUAUUAUUCCCAUUGAAGGAGUAUAUGCAUCACAGAAAGAGCACUUAAAUGGUGAAACAUAUAAAGUCAGCUUGUUAGCUUGCAAAGGGGACCACGUUGUUCAUGUUAAAGAAGUUCCGUUUUCUCGGUCAUCAUUGAACCAUAGUGAUGUAUUCAUACUUGAUACUGCAUCCAAAAUUUUCCUCUUUAGUGGGUGCAACUCUAGCAUACAAGAAAGAGCUAAGGCUUUGGAGGUUGUUCAGUACAUCAAAGAGAAUAAACAUCGUGCAAACUGCGAGGUGGCAACUGUAGAGGAUGGAAAAUUUGUUGGUGAUCCUGAAGUGGGUGAAUUCUGGAGCUUAUUUGGUGGUUAUGCUCCCAUUCCCCAGGAUCCACCUUCCUCUGUCCAGAAACAACCUGACACACCCUUUGUGAAACUAUCAUGGAUAUCAACUCAGGGUAAACUGCAUGCAUGUCAAACUGACUCAUUAAGUAAAGAAAUGCUUGAGACAGACAAGUGCUAUAUGGUAGACUGUGAUUCUGAGAUUUUUGUUUGGAUGGGAAAACAUACCUCGGUUACAGAAAGGAAAACGUCAAUCUCAGCUGCAGAAGAUUUCCUCAGAAACCAAGGCAGGUCAGCUGGGACCCAUUCAACUUUUAUAACUGAAGGAUUAGAACCUGCUAAGUUUAGGUCAUACUUCGAUAAUUGGCCUCAAACGGUGGAAACCAAGCUGUAUGAAGAAGGUCGAGGAAAAGUGGCAGCAAUGUUCAAGCAACAGGGUUACGAGGUGAAGGAGCUUCCUGAUGAAGAAGAUAUCCAGCCAUUUAUAGAUUGCAGAGGCACAUUGAAAGUUUGGCGCGUAGAUUGUGAGAAAUUGUCCCUUCUUCCAGCUUCAGAAGAGAGAAAAAUUUUCAGUGGGGAUUGCUAUGUUGUGCAAUAUACAUAUCUUGGAAAUGAAAGGAGUGAGAAUCUAUUUUAUGCAUGGCUUGGAUGUGGGAGUGUAAUGGAAGAUAGGAAGGAUGCUAUGUCUCAUUUGAAUGCCAUAGUUGAUUCAACCAGGGGGAACCCUGUUUUGGCCCAAGUUAUGGAGAAGAAGGAGCCAUCUCAGUUUUUUUCAAUUUUCCAGACAUUAAUUAUUUUCAAGGGAGGAAUGAGUACACGAUACAAGAAGUUUAUAGCAGAAAAAGGUAUUGGGGAUGAAACUUAUGAUGAAAGCAAGACAGCUCUUUUUCGUGUUCAAGGGACAAGUCCCAAUAAUAUGCAGGCCAUCCAAGUUGAUCCGGUUUCGGGCUCUUUGAACUCAUCUUAUUGUUACAUCCUGCAAACUGGUACAUCUGCUUUCACUUGGAUUGGGAAUCUCUCCUCAACCAGAGACCAUGACCUUCUUGACAGAAUGCUGGAACUAAUAAUUCCAACAUGGCAAGCAACAUCAGUAAGGGAAGGGAGUGAAUCUGAUAUUUUCUGGAAUGCACUUGGUGGAAAGGCAGACUAUGCAAGGGCAAAAGAGAUAAAAGGAUACAUAGAAGACCCGCAUUUGUUUAUGUUGAGCACAACUGAAGGUGAUUUCAAGGUGAAAGAGAUAUACAAUUUUACACAGGAUGAUUUAACUACUGAAGACGUGUUAGUCCUUGACUGCCACACAGAGAUUCAUGUUUGGAUUGGAUGCCACUCAAAUGUUAGGUCAAAGCAACAAGCCCUUACUCUUGGCCUGAAAUUUCUCGAGACAGAUGUACUUGUCGAAGGGCUAUCUUUGGAGACUCCUAUUUAUGUCAUUAGUGAAGGGCACGAACCACCAUUUUUCACUCGUUUCUUUGAAUGGGAUUCCUCAAAGUCAAAUAUGCUUGGCAACUCUUUUGAACGGAAGCUUGCUAUUUUAAAGGGAAAACCACAACAAUUAGAAGCACCAAAACGAAAUUCAUGGAAGGCAUACUCCAGGGAGACGACCCCAGAUGGUUUGAGAAGCAAGUCCAUGACUUCCAAUGGCCAGAGAAGUGUUUCUCCUGCAUCUGGUGUUUCGGUUUCUAGUGUCACAUCUUCAAACAAUCACAUCUUGUUCAGCUCAACGCCAAUUAACAGGAAAAUCUUUACUGGAUCCUCUCCUAAUGGUAGUCCUGAUGUGUCAUUGGCAUCUGCAGGUUCUCCAGCAGCAGAGGCAAAAUUACCUGCUACAGGUGGCACUCAAGCUGAUGGAAAUGAGCCUAGGGAGGCUGGCACAAACUUGUUAAUAUACCCAUAUGAACGAUUAAAAGUGAUUUCCAAAGAUCCGGUAGCAGGCAUCGACAUAACCAAAAGAGAGGCAUAUCUAGCUGAUGAAGAGUUCCAAGCACAAUUUGCAAUGACCAAAAGAGACUUCUAUAAGCUUGCUAAAUGGAAACAGAACAAGCUCAAGAUGGCACUUCACCUUUUCUAAGCUCAGAUGCAAUUUUCUUCAUAUGCCAGUGCUGCCAAGGGAUUAACUUGGUUUCUAAUCAACAUCCCGACUUUUGAUCAUGUCAUUAUGUUGUUCAUCUGAUUGUAUUAGCCAAAACAAGAAGGUUUGCUUGAUUUUCUGUUCACUUUGAAAAAGACUGGCAAUUUUGUUUUCUUCCAUUUCUGGAUUUUUAGCCAAUAGAAUCAAGUGACUUCGUAAUUCAUUCGACAAGAAUGAAAGGCACGUCACGUUUAUAUAAA